AUUCGUCUGCAGGAUCCUCGAGUCGCUCUCUUUGAAUCGCCGUCGUUCGUUAACAACUACAACAGGAGCAAGAACAAGGACAGACACAAGGACAGACACACAGUACGAACGCUGAGGCCAUCGCUUUUUGGGGGGAGACGCAACCGACUCCUGCACUCGGGAAACAGACAAAGACACAGCCGGCACGAUGCAGUACGUGCGGAACCUCAGCGACUCGGUUUCCACGGCCUGGAACUCCAUCAACCCGGCGACGCUGAGCGGUGCCAUUGACGUGAUUGUCGUCGAGCGCGAGGACGGCACCUUGGCCUGCUCGCCCUUCCACGUCCGCUUCGGCAAGUUUUCGCUCCUGCGCCCGUACGAGAAGAAGGUCGAGUUCCGCAUCAAUGGCGUCAAGCAGCCCUACUCCAUGAAGCUGGGCGAGGGCGGCGAGGCCUUCUUCGUCUUCGAGACGUCCGACUCCAUCCCCGAGUCCAUGCAGACGUCUCCGCUGGUCUCGCCGGCAAGCAGCCCGCCGUUUGGGCCGGCAGAUGCCUCUUCGGCCAUGGCAGAGCCGGAGUCUCUGGAGCUUGAUGGGGACGCUGGGAAGCCCCGUCGACCGUCGCCCGCCAUCAUCCAGCCCCAGACGGACGAGAAUGGCAUGAUCACACCUCUAUCGUCCUCCCCUACCCUGUCGUCUUCUCAGCCUGCGUCUGGUAGCUGGCGCAAGGCCUUUGAUCGUCGACCUCACAGCGACGACGUCUUGCGGAAACCGGUGCGGCACCACGACGAAGCUAUUUCGGAUAACGAGAGCCCGUCCGAGUCAGAAAAAUCUCACAGCCCUCCGCCCCUGGGACCUCAGGAAGCCAUCGCACGCGCCAGAGCGCUGUCCAAGGGACUCUCCGCGGUCAACAUUCCAACGCACAUCACCGAGACGGGAGAUCUGAUGCUGGAUAUGACGGGCUUCAAGAGCAGUGAGGAGGACAUGCUGCGUGCCGAGGUCCUCGCGCGCAACAUCCUGUCGGAGGAAAUGGAUGGCAACUACGACAUCGGAGCCUUGUUUGGCUUUGAUGAGGAGGGAAACCUCUGGGUCUACAGCAGCGAGGACGCCAAGCAGGCUGCUAUGAACAAGACGAUUGAGUCGUCGCUUCAAGCCCACCGCCGCGCAGUCGCUGCUGAUGCCAUAUCGGAUCCGGGCUACCAGAGCGACGGCAGCGACAUCGCGUCCGCACCACACGCGCCCUCUCACCGGCGCACAGAGUCCGACGCCGGCCCUGGCGGCAUGCAUACGCCUCCUCGAACUCCGACCGGCUCCCUCGAGCCGCCCAAGAGCUACGCAAAGACGCUUCGACUGACUAGCGAUCAGUUGAAGGAGAUGAACUUGAAGUACGGAGAAAACCCCAUGAGCUUCACUGUCAACAGGGCGACGUGCGCUGCCAACCUGUACCUUUGGAAGCACCACACUCCCGUGGUCAUCUCGGACAUUGACGGCACCAUCACCAAGUCUGAUGCCCUUGGCCAUGUGCUCAACAUGAUUGGCCGAGACUGGACUCACUCUGGCAUCGCAAAGCUCUACAGCGAUAUUGCCGCCAAUGGCUACAACAUCAUGUACCUGACGAGCCGCUCCGUUGGACAGGCCGACACGACGCGCGCUUACCUGAACAAUAUCGUCCAGGAUGGCUUCAGGAUGCCUCACGGCCCGACCAUUCUGUCUCCCGACCGAACCAUGGCCGCCCUGCGCCGCGAAGUCUACCUGCGGAAACCGCACGUGUUCAAGAUGGCAACGCUACGGGACAUUCGCAACCUGUAUGGGCCAAACGGCGGUCCAUUCUACGCCGGGUUUGGCAACCGUCUCACCGACCAAAUCUCGUACCGAACGGUGGACGUACCGCGAACCCGCAUCUUCACCAUCAACUCCAACUCGGAGGUAUCACUCGACCUUCUGAGCCUUAACAAACUCAAGAUGACCUAUGUCAAUAUCAAUGAGGUUGUGGACCACUAUUUCCCCCCUGUCGACACCCUGGUCAGGGGUGGCGGGGAGGAGUACACCGACUUCAUGUACUGGCGAGAUGACCCCCUCAAGAUUGAUGAUUUCUCGGCUAGCGAAAGCGAGGAUGACGAACAUGACGACCAGGGCAGUGCUUACACCGACGAUGAAGAAGAAGAGGAGGAGGAGGAGGAGGAUGAGGAAGUCGGCGAGGGCAUGGGAGAUAGCUACAUCUCGCACGAGGAAUACGACGACGACGAAGACGAGGAGGAGGAGAUUCUCGAGAGCAUCGAGCACGAUGACGCCGAUGACGAGGAGAAUUACGAAGAUGAAGUCGACGACGAAGACGCUGAGGCAUCCGGCGACGAAACUCGGGUGGUGGAAGAUGUCACAGCCGAGAUAAUUACUGGGGUUGGUGACCUUUCCGUUGAAGAGAAGGCGAGAAAACAAGAAGACGACGACAAAAAGAAACAAGGCUAA